CGUCCCAAUACCUAAUAAAAUAAUGCGAACCCACAUCGUACACACUUCGUAAUAUACGAACGACAAGCUAACGUUUAUACGCAGUUUACGGUGAGUGUGUGGAGCGGCGGCGGUGCGGUGACUUGGCAGAAUACUUUUAAAUCCGAAGCGGAGCACACGCCUCUCAAAAUGUUUUUUAUCAUGGUGUCGCUGUAAUCUAGUGACCUAAGACAGCUCUCAAACCAGUGCCUACUCGAUAUAGACUUGGCGGAACUGUUUUGGAAACAACCAGGACUUUCAGUGAGCUACAACGUGGACAGCGCAGUGUUAAAAACUAUUAAACUAGAAUAAAUCGAACAAUAACUUAGCUGAUAUGGGAUUAUAUGAAGUAGAUUCCGAAAUGACCAUGGCAGCGAGCAAUAACAACUCGCUAUCAGCAACAUUGAAUAAUUCUGGAUCUGCAGGAGUCGUUGCCAUGAGCCAACAUUGCGCUAUUUGCGGUGAUAGGGCGACAGGAAAGCACUACGGAGCGGCGUCUUGCGACGGCUGCAAAGGCUUUUUUCGAAGAUCUGUUAGAAAAAAUCACUUAUAUACGUGCAGGUUCAGUAGAAAUUGUAUAGUGGACAAAGACAAGCGGAAUCAGUGCAGGUAUUGUCGUUUGCGAAAAUGUUUCAAAGCAGGUAUGAAAAAAGAAGCUGUACAAAACGAAAGAGAUAGAAUAAGUUGUAGACGACCGAGUUAUGAAGAAAGCAAUCAAAACAACGGUCUUUCAGUCAGUUCCUUGUUAAAUGCAGAAAUGUUAUCACGCCAAGUCGGAGCAGCACUAGAACAAAUGGGGCCAGCUCCCGUUAACGAUUACGAUUUGUCUAACAGACAGUUAGCAAGCAUAAAUGAUGUAUGUGAUUCGAUGAAACAACAACUUUUAAUUCUAGUUGAAUGGGCCAAGUACAUUCCAGCCUUCACAGAACUUCAAUUAGACGACCAGGUAGCACUUCUAAGAGCCCAUGCUGGCGAACAUCUUUUGUUGGGUCUUGCUCGACGGUCUAUGCAUCUAAAAGACGUUCUCCUUCUUGGAAACAAUUGCAUUAUAACUAAACACAGUCCAGUGGUGAUGUUGACAGACUCGCGAGUAUCUCCAGAUUUGGACAUCUCACGUGUUGGUAGCAGAAUUAUGGACGAACUGGUAAAGCCCAUGACAGAAGUUCAGGUGGAUGACACUGAAUUCGCUUGCCUCAAGGCCAUAGUGUUUUUUGAUCCAAAUGCUAAAGGAUUGAGUGAGCCAGCGCGCAUUAAGGCUUUGCGUUACCAAAUACAAAUCAAUUUGGAAGAUUACAUUAGUGAUAGGCAGUAUGAUAGCAGAGGUAGAUUUGGGGAGUUACUGCUGACGCUUCCGGCCCUCCAGUCGAUCACAUGGCAGAUGAUUGAACAAAUUCAAUUCGCCAAAUUGUUUGGAGUUGCCCAUAUUGAUAGCUUGCUCCAGGAAAUGCUCUUGGGAGAAUCGGUUUUAGGUGCUAGUAUUGAUACAAACCCCACCAUGAUGGCAGCCGCCAACAGCAACGUCAGCAGUUAUCAAAGCACUAGCGACUCCACCGACAGCCCUGUCACUUCACCAACAACCACGCAAUGUAGCAGCCCAACGGACCAUCUCAUAAACGGAAACAUAGCGAGUCCGCAGAACACACCCAACGUCCUCAUAAUGAGAGACAUCACCCCAAUAGAAGAAAGUUCGUACAUGGCGUUCAAACAAGAACCCAUCCAAGAAGUGGAGCAACACACAUUUUAACAAACACUUUCAUAUUUAAGUGUGAAAAGUAUUUACAGGGUAAUUUUAACUUGGAAAAUAUUUAUUAGUCAUCACACCGUUGCUUCUAAUAAGUGUGAUGCAUAGUCUUCCAUAAGUUGUACGCUUUGAAAACAACAAAUAGUGCCUAAAAGCUGAUUAAAGAAAUGCUUAUAAAGAGGCUGUGAAGUAAAUUAUAGAAACCACGUCUAAGUGAUGGGUUUUUCAUAUUUUUUAUUACUUGCCAAUUAAUCAUAGUCAUAAUGAAAAUACUGAUAUUUCAAAACAAAGACAUAUUUGCUCAAUUUUUAAGGAACAAAUUAUAUUUAUCUUAAUGUAAUAGAUUUAUUUUCAUUAUAUAAAGUACAGAUGUCUUAUUAGCAACAAAACGGUCUUUGCUGUAACGAUUUAGUACAAUUUAGUAAGUGUGUAAUGAACCUUAAUUGAAAGCAAAGAUUUAAACGAAUUCUGUUGCUAAUAAGUUACUGACAGCUUCUUAUGUAUUAUUUAAAAUAUACAAAUAUGGUAAACCAUUAAGAUGUAAUAUUGUAGGGUAUUCUUCCACUGGUGAUUUAAUAUUUAAAUUAAUCAGAUGGAAGAUUUAAUUAUAUUUUUAAUUUUUUUUUUUUAUUGGUUAUAUGGUUGUCAUCGAGUACGAACUCGAUGUUUGUAAGGGUAAUUGAACCUAUUUUGUUUUUUUAUUUAGUCUGUAUUUUUUACAAUUAUGGUGGGCAUGUAUAAAUUUGUUUUUGUUACCGUUUCUGUUAGGACCCAUUGUUUUAUAUACAUAGAUUUUGUAAUAGGUGUUUGUAUAUUUUUUGUUAUGCUUAUUUGUUAAAAAUAUUGUCUGUGGCAAAUUUUGAUAUUAAAGUGUGGCUAAUUCAAUCCUGCAAUGACCAAGUUGAGAACACACUAAAUUGAUGCCAUUUCAAUGCAAACUUGACGUUAUUUCUAUUCAUAAAAUUACACAGGCUGGAGGUGGCAAUAUUGUUACUUUGUAUCAAUAAAAAACUUAGAAAUUUA